AUGGGCUUCAGCAGAAAUCCGCAAUUGGUCACGUCUUGCAUUCAGAGUGGUGGUGGUGCUGCCGAGCAGUCUUCAAGGCGCCUGGCGCAACAGCCAGUUCGGCGCCGCUGGCCGGGAUUCUCUGGACCAAACAACACAAUGGACAACGAACAAUGGCUGUUAAGCGGAAUUCGAUGGGCAGUGUAUAUCAAUUGCCUGCCUUGGCAGAGAAUACUUCAGUUGACGAGCUUCCGUCCAGGCGAACAGAUCGACAUGCAUAUGGAACUCUCCUAUGGCCAUGGCUACGAGCCAAUCAGGAGGCAACCACCGCCUCCUCAUCCACCCCAUCAGCAUUGGUCCAGCAACGGGUUCUCCGAUGACUCAGCUUCCUGUUUCCGCCGGGGAUCUUACAUUGAACUGGCCAACGGGGCCUUGCGUCGCGUGGAGGACAUACGCACCGAGGACUUCAUCCAGUCGGCUCUGCGUAGUCAACUAUUUGAACUGCGAGAGGCCACAGUGGUUAGGAUAGAUCGGGAAGGAUGCCCCGGCCACGUGACCCUCACCUUCAGCUACGACACACAGCACGCCAAGAUGAACUUGGAGGUGCAGCCAGGUCAUCCGAUGUUUGUUUACGGACAGGGCUGGGCCUCAUGUGAUCCUCAGUUGUCGCUGCAGCUGUACGAGCUCAACUGCCAGCAGCUGCAGGUGGGCGACAUCUGUUUGUCGCUGAUGCCACGCGAGCAGCCUGUCGCUCCAUGUCCUCCUCCGCCGGCGCAGCCACCACCGUGUCCUACACCUUCUCUGCCCACGUCAAUGGACAUGCCAGCUCCGACGGGCUCUCCGCCUACCGAAAGCUAUGGAUUGCCGCCGUUCAAGCAUCCGUACCAGGUGUACGCCCAAAUGGCCAGUUUCGUGGCCGUCUACACCCAACACAUGAUGGGAAAGCUAAACUAUUAGGCAACACAUCUAGUGGCUUGGCUGGCGUUUCAGGAAUAUAUUCAACGCUAUUCCUUGAAUACGUUAGGCCCUUAAAAAAUGACCAUAUAUUUCAAAACUUCUCUGUAUUUUGCUUAAUUUCCCGAAAUAAAGUUUAAAGCAACGGUAA